UGAAAUCAAAUCGCUGCACAUUGUCAAAGCCCAAAGGGCAGCGAAAGAGGAAAGCUUGACUCGAGCUGCGAUGGCGGAAGUUUCAGCUGUCGUCAAACCGAAGCCGCGACCAAUAAUCCGCAUCGGCCUCUUUCUCAUCUCUCACAGUAUUUUCGUCAGUAUCGUAUGCUGCAUAGCUGGAGUUCUAGCGCUUCUGCUUUUACCUGUUCUCGCGAAGAACACUUACAUCUCGGAGAAUGCGUUGAUGCCUGGUUCUGCAAGCGCUAUGCUCUCUACUGAUGAUGCUUCAGAUGGGCAUGUGUUUUUAAACAAGAUAAUGAUAAGUUCAAUGUCUAUCAACAGCGGCAUUGAAAUUCCAGAGAUGAUAGCAAAGCACAUAAUUGAAUCAGGUGGCGAAGUUAAUUAUCACAAGUUCCAGCCACUAUCUGAUAGUUUUCACCCCCUGCAGUUCUUUGUGGGCCCUGAUACUGGUAUAGUCCAAGAUAACUACAGUUCUACAUCUUAUGGGGUUAAUACGGUUGGAAUAGUAAGAGCUCCACGUGGCGAUGGGAAGGAAGCUAUUAUUAUUGUAACACCUUAUAAUUCUGUCAAGCCCACUACGAGCGAAGCAUUAUCUCUUGGUGUUGCAUACUCAGUUUUCACUCUUCUUUCUCGAGUUAGUUGGCUUGCUAAAGAUAUUAUAUGGCUUGCUGCUGAUUCAAGACACGGGGAACAUGCUGCAGUUACUGCAUGGCUGAGAGAUUAUUAUACUCUAUCAAGUGGCGACUUGGAGCAUGAAGUGACUUCUGUAAAGAGAGAUGGGGUUUCUAAUGGAUUUCGACGUGCUGGCACAAUGGCAGCUGCACUUGUCAUCAAGGUUGCUGAUAGCAGCACGGGAUUUGAGAAGGAUGGCCUCAAGAUAUAUGCUGAAGCUUCUAACGGGCAGAUGCCAAAUCUGGACCUCAUCAAUAUUGUCAAUUAUUUGGCUGUGCAUGGACAAGGAUUGCAAGUGAGGGUUGAGAAAAUUUGGUCUCUGCUUGAUUCGUGGUGGCUGUUCAGCCUUGGUGAACUACAGGAGUUGAUCGGCAAGGUUGCCAAAAGCUUAAAUCCUGGAUGGAAAUUUGGCAUCCCUGCUUCCGAUUAUGUUGAAGGCUGCGCAACUCUUGCCAGUUCCCUUUACAAUCAGGCUUUAGGUGUUCCAACCGGACCACAUGGAGCCUUCCGUGAUUAUCAAGUUGACGCUAUUACUUUGGAAUUCUCACCAAGGUUCUCGUCAAGUCAGAGGGUUCUGUUCCUUUUGCAUGUUGGCAGGUUGGUUGAGGGAGUCAUAAGGUCUGUGAAUAAUCUUCUCGAGAAGUUUCAUCAGUCCUUUUUUCUGUAUCUCAUGACAUCUCCAAGUAGGUUCGUUUCAGUCGGGAUAUACAUGAUUGCCUUUGCAUUGCUCAUCGCGCCCCUUCCAUUGGUUGCUGCUGCUCUCUUUUCCGAUGCCAGUAAGUCAAAGUCUCCUGGUGAAUCAAUCCCAACAUCUCCAGCAUGGAACUGGCUUUACGCCGCGAAAACUGUCCUCAUUGUCCAUUUAUGGGGUGCAAUCGUAACAAUAAUUCCUUAUUUUCUCCGCCAAUUUCCCGAUUCCUCGCCAUUAAUCAGCCUUUUAACAUGGAUCGUGUCUUCAGCAGUUUUGCUCUUCUUCACACGUGCAGCAUCCGAUUCUUUACCCUUUUCUCGUGCAAGCCAACUGCAAACCAGGGAAUGGACCCUCCUCAAGGCUGUGACCGUUGCUGCUGCUUUUAUAGGACUCUGUCUCAUGUCUAUCAUAAAUUACGCAACAGCAGAAAUCGGAGCCCUGUUGCUGGUUCCCAUGUGUUUGAUGGCUGUGCCCUUGAGGAUUGAUCUGACAGCCAAAACCGCAAAGACAGUUACCCGUGGAGCCUGUAACGUGUUAUUAGUAUUCGUUGGAUUCCCUCCAACUGCAUUUCUUUUGUCGAAAGGUGCAUUAUCCAGUUUUGACGGAGUUAGACUAGACGACUUCUGGAUCUGGAUCGAGUCCCUCAGGGAAUGGAACAGUGCUACUUACAUCUACAUUUGCAUGGUUCAUCUCCCCUGCUGGGUUCUCUGUAUUCACAUUUUACUACAUCGUCGUUGAGCUGUGUACGAUCCUCCCUCGUUGUAGAUAUCAACACGGUAGACGUUAAUUUUGCUUCUUGUCUUACUUGGAUACUUUGUUUAGUAGCUUUGGUAGUUGUAGCAUCAAAGGGAGUUGCUCAUUUUUCUAACAUUCAGACAAGGGAACAGAGCACAAGCAAGUCUACGUUGCUUGUUUUUUCAA